GACGUUUUCCUUGUGACAGCCGGUGUUUGGUUUUUUCUUUUUAGCCGGUUCCAUAAAUAAAAGUAGAGCAGUACAGUACGACAGUAUCUCUGUACGAAGAAACUACGCCAUUCAGUUUGAAGACCACUUCCUAAUUCUACAUUAAUAGCGAUCAUGUCUUCCAUUAUAUCUGCUUACCCAGAUGAUAGUCAGACAUCAAAGUUCUGGCAGAAAUCAAAGGAGUCUCCAUUUGUUCCAGUUGGAAUGGCAGGUUUUGCUGGGAUAGUAGCUUUUGGCCUGUACAAGAUGAGGACACGAGGAAACACUAAAAUGUCUGUCCAUCUUAUCCACAUGCGUGUGGCAGCGCAGGGAUUUGUUGUUGGAGCAAUGACUAUUGGAGUUGUUUACUCAAUGUAUAGAGACUUCUACUUGAAGCCGCGAGAGCAAGCAAAAGCCCUGAUGGAGAAAUGAGUCUGUUGGAACUUUCUUUAGCAAUUUAUGUGUUUUUUUUUUAAAAAAAACUCUAUUAUAAUAUCUAGUAUUUGUUUUAAUUAAGGAAGUAUCAUGAAAAACCAUGACAUGCAUCAUUUAUCAUGGGCCUUCAGGUGAGUUUGUUAUACUUCAGCUACUCACCACCUAUAACGUUAACACCAUAUGUCAUGAUUUAUUUAAAAAAAAAAAUGUUAUGACCUGUCUUGUUUAUUAUUAUUAUUAUUAUUAUUUAUUUCUUAGCAGACGCCCUUAUCCAGGGCGACUUACAAUCGUAAGCAAAAACAUUUCAAGCGUUACAAUACAAGUAAUACAAGAAGAGCAAGAAAUACAAUAACUUUUGUUCAAGUGUGUGUGUGUGUGUUUCGGGCAAAGCCCAGAAUAAAAAUUAACAUAACUCGAACAGAGUCCGAACCACUCCCUCUGUUCAUUCAUUCCUGUUCUGAGUGGCAGGCAGACAAGCAAUUAACAUGAGAAGCCCCACUGACACUUGCGUAGCAGCAGCCGGAUAGGAAUCAAGAUUAUAUAUAUAUAUAUAUAUAUAUAUAUCUCUCUCUCUCUCUCUCUCUCUCUAAUAAAUAUAUAUAUAUAUAUAUAUAUAUAUAUAUAUAUAUAUAUAUAUAUAUAAAAUCUCAAUUCCUAUAUAAAACCUCUGUCACACUUCGGAACAAUAUUACCCGCAACGUCGGAAUAAAAAUUAACAUGAGAAGCCCCAUUGACACUUGUGUGUAAAAAGGACAGUAUCAUUAAUAAUGUAAUAACAACCAAUAAUAAUAAGGAGUUGUAUUAAACUGUCCAGUUGGAGAGAUGGAUGCAGUUACUGGGUGGAACAUGAAUGAAGUGAGUGAUCAGGUAGGCUGGUCAAACAAGAUCUUCAAUCGUAGCUCUGUAUCUGUCCUUUUCAACAUAAAAUAAAAGAUCUUGUGAUUCAUUUCACACUUUGACAGGGCAUUGUUGGGCACUCCUAGAUCUGCCCAGGCAAAACCCGGAAUUAAAGAUCUUGUGAUUCAUUUUGGACUUUGACAGGGCAUUGUUGGGCACUCCUAGAUCUGCCCAGGCAAAACCCGGAAUUAAAAAUCUUAUGAUUCAUUUUGGACUUUGCCCAGGAUGUCUGCGAAUUCCCAGUUUCAGGGUUUGCCCGUAAUUAUAUAUAUAUAUAUAUAUAUAUAUAUUAUUUGUUUAUUUAGUAGACGCCUUUAUCCAAGGCGACUUACAGAGACUAGGGUGUGUGAACUAUGCAUGAGCUGCAGAGUCACUUACAACAACGUCUCACCCGAAAGACGGCGCACAAGGAGGUUAAGUGACUUGCUCAGGGCCACACAAUGAGUCAGUGGCUGAGGUGGGAUUUGAACCGGGGACCUUCUGGUUACAAGUCCUUUUCUUUAACCACUGGACCACACAGCCUCCUAUAAUAUAUAAAUAUAUAUAUAAUAUAUAAAUAUAAAUAUAAAUAAUCUUCAUGUAGGUACGCGCAAAAAUCUAUAUUUCUUUAAUAUACAUGCUCCUACAUCAUGACGCUCCAUUCACAGCUUCAUUUAAAAACAAACUGUUGCCAUUAUCACUCUUGCUGCAACAGGCACAGUACAACAGAGAAGAAAUAAUAAAUAAAAAAUAGACAAGGACACUGAACCAAACAAAGAGGUUCAUACCAAUAACAAAAUAAUGUAAAAUGUUUUUAAAAGAGCAAGAAAAUACAAGGACAAAACCCAUGAACCUCACAACGUUGUACUGGCGUUCUGUGAGAGGUACAAGAGAAACAAAAUAAAAUACUGUGUGAUAAUGUAUUCUGACCCAUAUAUUAUUGCACUGAAGACUAUUGUGGUCUAUGGUAUUUGGUUUAAUAAUGUUGAACUAUUUAUUUCUGUGGAGGUUUUAAACUAAAUAUAGAGUGUAAACUGUAGGGUCUGUGUGAGCCCUGAUGGUUGUUUUUACAGUAAUACUGGCUGGAUAAAUUAAUGCUUCUGUGUUAUGAAAACAGCCACUCUGUUCUCUACAUCUCUGCUAACUCAUAAAUAAUGAAUAACCAGUAUUGCAUACUGAUAUUCUAUGUAGUGCCUUUUAUGAAAGAUAAUGUGUACUCUUACUCUAUUCUAGAAUUCGAAUACUUGGCAACCAAAAAACUUAAACUAAAUACUGUAACUUCAAGCCCAUUUGACCUAUGUUUUUAUACUCCAUUAGAAUAAUGCUUACAGGAUACACAUACUUUCAUUUCAAAACCUUUUUUUUAUGUUUUUAAUAAAAUAUAUUAUGCCUGAGGAACCCUCAGUGCCCUUUGUGUUUCUAGUUGUAUCUGAAAGUGUGACACUGUUUUAAAUACUGUGCUAUAAAAUGUGUUCCAAUUGUAUAUAUGAUGCUCUGUAUACAUUGUUUUAGUUCUCAUGUUUAGUGCUCAUGUUGUAUGUUCUACAUUCUUAUGAAACAACGGUAACAAAUUAAAUAUUAACAUUAAAUGA